AUGAACACAAUCACAAUAAGAGUUUCAUUUUUCAUUGGUUGUUCACACUCCUCCAGAAUAACAGAAGGCUUUUCAGUUACAAACCUUGACCGCUUCACAAGAAAACUGAAGUCGUUUCCGAUUGCAGCACUUGGUCGAACCGUCUUUGAAACCGUGUAGUCGUCGGGAAACCAACCGAGCAUCUGAAAGUUGCUAUGAAAUGAACCACUGGUCAAAGCACAGGCUCCAUAGAGCUCAGAACUACCAGCUUCCACACUGCAGACAGAUCGAUUCGUAGGAGCUCCAUCAGAAGCUCCUGCUAUGUUCGCGCACUUUGGUUUUGAUAGUUGUGUGUUAUUGUAUUCACCGUCUAGCACCAAACCAUACCGCACCAUAUAAUUAUAGUAGCUCUGUGGAAUGGCCGACUGAAACUGAAUCACACCCUUCGUUCCUACAUCGAAACGGUUGGGAUUCGGUUCGAAGAUUAGGCCCGGAAUUCCUCCAAUAUGAGAACCUCUUCCGAAAUAAUGCGGUCUUUCUUCGAGUUGAAUAAGCAAAAUAUGCAUAAUCAAAGCGGUAAAUAAGAAUCCAAACAUCCACAGUAUGCCAAGGUAAAUGAAGGACAUCGCCCAUCCUUUAGGUCCCUUCUUGAACUCAGAACCGUCACUUUUCUUAGGGCCUUCAAUUGAGACUUCAUCGAAGGCUCUGGAAAAAGUUUAUUUGAAGACACAUUUAAUCGUAGGAGAGCGUGAAUGCUAG